UUAGCUUACUAGCUAGCUGAAUAACAUCCGGCUUUACCACUCAAUCAGAUUAUAGAAUAGCUAUCCUCCCCUUCCUACAUGGCAUGAAACUGUUUAUCAGUCACUUGCACCAACUGUCAUUCAGAUAAAGAAACGGCAAGCUAACUCGUCAGUGUACCUGCGCUACAGUAACUAGCCAGUUUAUUUUCUCGCGUUCGCUAGCUAUUCCAUUACAUAUUGGUUAUCCAGCUAACUAGCUUUAUUUUUACUAAAGCAAUGGCUGCAGACCUGCAAGCGAAAUACACCAAAUUGGCCCUGGAGUAUUCAAAGCUCCGGGCACAGAACCAGGUCUUGAAGAAAGGCGUGGUAGAUGAGCAGGCCAGCUCCACCUCUCUUAAGGAUCAGGUGAAGCAGCGAGAACAGAGCCUGAGGAAGGUGGAGCAGGAGAUGGACAGUCUCACCUUCAGGAACCAGCAGCUGGCUAAGAGAGUAGAGCUGCUGCAAGAGGAACUGUCUGCCAGCGAGGCCAAGGGCAAGAAGAGCAAGAACAAAGGGGACUCCCCCUCCCAACAGGGCUUGCAGCAGACCCAGAGUGUGUUUGAUGAGGACCUGCAGAAGAAGAUCCAGGAGAACGAGAGGCUUCAUAUCCAGUUCUAUGAGGCUGAUGAGCAGCACAGGCAGCAGGAGUCUCAGCUGAAGGUCCAGUUGGAGGAGCUGGAGAGAGACCACGAACAGCACCAGGCCAUAGUGGACCGACUCACCUCCAAAUACAUGGACACUAUUGAGAGACUACAGAGUGACAAGGCCAGACUAGAGGUGAAAUCCCAGACUCUGGAGAGGGAAGCUAAAGAGUGCAGAGCUCGGACAGAGGAAUGUCAGCAGCAGUUGAGGAAGUGUCAGUCAGAGCUCAACAGACAGGUGAAAAAGAGCAGCAUUGUCAUCCAAGAGAAAGUGCCCUUCAACGACACCAAAUUCAGUGACUACAACAGUCUCAACGUUCCACCACACAACAGAAGACACCAGUUGAAGGCCCGAGACGUGGCUGGUCAGGCCUUAGGCUUCGUCCAGGACAUAGUGGCUGCUCUGUUAAACUUCCACUCCUACACAGAGCAGAGGGUACACAUCUACCCUCUGGACUCCUCUAUCGAACCCAUCUCACCACUCAACCAGAAGUUCUCCCAGUAUCUACAUGAGAAUGCAGCCUAUGUGCGCCCCCUGGAGGAAGGACUAGUGCAACUACACCAGAGCAUCACAGAGGACACAGUAACAGUGCUGGAGACUGUGGGGAAACUCAAGGACUUUGCCGAUCACUUCACCUCCUACACCCACUUUCUGCAGAAGAUUCUACCAUACCAGCUCAAAAGUCUGGAGGAAGAGUGCUGGACUCCUCUGUGUACCUCCUCUCUCACCUCGAAGAACCAGGAGCUGCAGAGUGACAUGAAGAGAAUCACUUCUUUGUUCGACAAACUACACAGCUACAUCAGCCUACUGGCCUUACCUAGUGUUCGACAGGACUCCAUGCCCCAGAGCAGUUCCUCUGCUGUCUUCACCCAGCUAGCGGCCUGUCUACACAGCCUUCACGAUGCGGUCAAAGAGAUGUCUACUCAUUACAGCCAGAAGGCCAGUCUGGAACAGGAGUUGUCUACAAUCACUCAGAAGCUCCGCACUACUAAUGAGUGUCUGCUGGCUUCCCUGGGCUCCCUCACCAGCAGCACCGGCAAGAUUGCGACGUUCUUCAGCAACAACCUGGAUUUCUUCACGUCUUCGCCAGGCUACAGUCCAAGAGGGGGGGCCGGGGCACUCAACCCCCUGCAGGCAGAGAGCAUGCUGGGUAACAAGAAGAAGGCCUCUGACUACAUGCAUGCCAUCAGAAAGCCCAGACCAGAGACUGUUCCAUACAGAGAGGCCCUGUUGCACCGCCGUGUUCUAACUAGCUCUACAGAGAGCAGAGAGGGACUCACACAACAGGUGGUGGCGAGCCAGGAGAAGAUUGCUCGUCUGGAGCAGGAGAAGGAGCACUGGCUGCUGGAGGCCCAGCUGGGCAGGGUGAGGCUGGAGAAGGAGAGCCAACGCAUACAUGACCUGGAGACACAGCUCUCCUCUGCCCUGGGAGGAGGAGGCAGCCCAGCCCACUCCCUGGGCCAGGCCCCGGGCAGCCCAGCCCUCACCAGCCUGGAGGACGGCGAGGUGGAGGAGAGAGGAGCAGGGAAGGAGGCUAUGCUAAGCAACAGUCUGGUUGGCAUGUUAACCACAACUCCUACCAACGAGGAUGUGGGAGACGAGGAGUCCAGAGAACAGCUGAUUAAGACUCACUACAUGGCCAGAGUUGGAGAGCUCACCACACAGCUACAGGUCUCUGACAGCAAGGCGGUUAACUUCCAUGCUGAGUGUCGAGCCUUGGCCAAGCGUCUGGCUAUCGCAGAGAAGUCACGGGAGACUCUGACGGAGGAGAUCAAACUGGCCAAUCAGAACAUCACACGUCUCCAGGAUGAACUGGCCACGACCAAGAGGAGUUACAAGGAACAGCUCAGUAUGAUGAGUGACCACCUGUGCAGCAUGAACGAGACUCUCAGCAAACAGAGAGAGGAGAUCGACACACUCAAACUGGGCAGCAAAGGAAACUCCAAACUUCUGAAGAAGAGUCGGUAGGAAAGUCUGUUGGGAAACUUGCUACAUUUUGGAUCGGCAGAGCACCCUGGACUGAGCUUUACUAUGGGACAACCCACCCACUACAGUCCUGUCAGCUCCCUAGCACCCCAAGAUGGAGGACCCUGUUAACUUCUCUAUCAGAGGGUGGGCUAUUGGGGGUGUCUCUCUGAUACCACUCUGCUUAACCAUAAAUAAGCAGUUUAUCUAAUGUGUAUUUCUGAUUUACACAGAUAAUGACUUUUGUAAAGUGCUUCCUAACGUAUGAUGGAGGGCAGACUGACAACUGCUUGACCCUUUGACCUUUGGUUUGAGGGAAGUAGAGGAAAAAAUAAAAAUCCUAGUGAGGUCAUGGAUGCUCAUUAAAGUCAGGGAUGAAGACCACCAGGCCCUCAUGGUUACUGUCUUUCUCUCUCUCCUAUCUCUGUGUGUUAAGCGUAGGAAUGACAUAGGUAUUACUCAAAUUGCUAUUAAGUGGGAAGAGUGACAAUGUGUUUGCAUUAUGUAAGGGAAUGUCUGUCUAAUACUGUGACAGAAAAUAAUUGAAUCUUUCCAUGUUUUAUUAGAUGGUUUUUAGUUUCAGUGAGAGAAAAUGUGUGCAAAUGUUGGUUGUGUUUACCACAGUCUUCUGUUUGAAGAAGGGCUGCCCCAGAUUAAAUCAAGGAAUGAGUGACCAAUUAAUUAGACUCACACUAGCCUCUGAAGUCCAGGCUUCGCGCUUGACCGAAAGCCUGAAACAGACACAUUCCCUUAACUAGAUAUCCCAUCUAUCCUCUAGAACGGAUAGAAGAAUCCAUACACAAGUAGCAUUUAUGACCUUACUCGCCAGAAGGUGGAGAUUGCCCUUGUCUAUGUCCCAAUGGCAGACUAAUUCCAUAUUUAGUGUACUGGCUUUGGUAAAAAGGUAGUGCACUAUAUAGGGAAAAGUGUGCCAUUUUGGAAGUAGUCCAGGGGUGUAUUCCGUGAGAUGAAACGUAAAGAAUGUGAUGGUGCAGAAUAGAUCUAUGUCACUGCAUUUCUGUCUCGAUUCCCCAAUCUGUUCUAACAUGACAGAACUGUUCUAUAUGAUAUUUCUAUCUGAACUCGGGCCAAUGUAGAUUUCAUAAAAUGGUGACCGUUUUGUCUGUGAUGUUUCUGUAGUGUGGAUGUGCACUGAGGAGAACUAUGUCUGCGUCCCAAAUGGCACCCUAUUCCCAAAUAGUGUGUUACUUUUACCAGAGCCCUAUGGACCCUGGUCAAAAGUAGUGCACUAUAUAGGGAAUAAUGUGGUGCCAUUUGGGACAUAUUAUGUGUAGCACCAGUCUCUAAACCCAUGUUAUUAUGUAUUGAUGAAAAAGGGUUGUGAAUAUAAUACUCCUUUUGAAUCAUUCAAUGUACAUUUAUUGUAUUGUGUACUUUUUAAAAGUAAUAUACUAAAAAAAAGGCAUUCAUUCUACAGUUUGAAAUGUCUAAUUUCCAUGAUGACCCAAUGAAAUGACUGGUUGAUCAAUGAAAAAGAUAAGAAAUAUCAAGGUAAUCAAUCACUCACCUGCAUUUAUUUUUUGAAUAUUGGGUUUGAGAUCUUUGGAAAUAUGUCUAUUGAAAGGCAAUACACACACAAAGGUCCACUCUCUUGGAACUAGAUUGAGACUGUAUCACUGUUUGUGUACGGCACUUUACAAUUGUAUUAUUGGCAUGUUGGCAAGCUAGUCAACCCCUUGUCUGGAAAUGUGUAAUGACAUCUCUAAACUGUUUACAAUUAACAGCAGGGUUGUGUUCAUUGGGGUACACCGUAUCAAAACUUUUAGCAACGGAAAAUGAAAGUUCAGAUAGUUAAAUGCAGUUUCGGCCAGUUUAUGGAACAUUUUCUUCCAUUUUGUACCUUAUCCUGUGGACGGUUUAGACCGAAAAUUGGUUUUGAUGAGUUUGGAUGCUUCUGAUGGGUUUUGACUGGUUCUUACGUGUUCAGUUCAACCACCAGGUUUACCAAUAAUGAGAUCUCUAUUAUACCUGCCAUUGGAUCUUUUAUAUGAUGAGAAUUCAAGAGGUUUGCCAACAUGCCCUAUACUACUGAAACUUGUAAAACAAUGUAAUCUGACAGACCAACAGAUUGCACAUAUGAAAUAAAUAAUAAAGAGCUCAAUAUUC